AUGCAAUACCACCCAAAAGCCGAAGGUAAACAAGCUGACAUUCCAUUACCAUCACCAGGUAACAAUGCAUUCAUGAGAGAUAUUUUCACAUCAGAUGCACCAGAAGGUAAAAAAAUAACUGCCGGUUUUUACAGACAAGAAGCUGGUGAAGAAUUAGAAUUUGUUUAUGAAUUCGAUGAAAUGAAAAUCAUUAUUGAAGUUGAAGGUGAAUUAACUUUAACUGACGAAACUGGUUUAGUUGUUAGUGCUAAACCUGGUGAUGUAUUUUAUUUCCCAAAAGGUUCUAAAGUUGUUUUCAAAAGUACUGGUUAUGGAUUAGGUUUCUUUACUGGUUUAAGAGAUGCUUUAUAA